UUCUUGGCAUCACAUAUCAGUGUCCUCAAUUACUCCAUUAUUUCCAUCUGGGCUUCUCCAAAAUCGUAACUUUUUUUUUUGGCAUCACAUAUCACUGUCCUCUGUUUCUACGUGCAUCUUAUUGCUUUUAUCACCCGACAUUUUUUUUUAUAUAUAUACGAGGGUUUUCUAUAUUAAAACUUUGGUUUUAUUGGCUAAACUUUAGUGGGUUGCGAGAGGAGUCCUUUUAUGGCAAAUACUAGGAAUUUAGAGAAGUUGGCAUCGAUUGAUGCUCAGCUUAGGCUUUUGGUCCCUGGAAAAGUUAGUGAAGAUGACAAAUUGAUUGAGUAUGAUGCUCUGCUUUUGGAUCGGUUUCUUGACAUUCUUCAAGAUUUACAUGGAGAGGAUCUCAAGGAAACGGUUCAAGAGUGCUAUGAGCUUUCUGCUGAGUAUGAAGGGAAGCAUGAUCCCAAGAAGUUGGAGGAGCUUGGAAGUGUCUUGACUAGUUUGGACCCUGGGGACUCCAUUGUUAUUGCGAAGUCUUUCUCCCACAUGCUUAACUUGGCCAACUUAGCCGAGGAAGUUCAAAUUGCGUAUCGGCGACGGAACAAGUUAAAGAAGGGAGACUUUGCUGAUGAGAACUCUGCUACCACAGAAUCAGAUAUAGAAGAAACUCUCAGGAGACUGGUUGUUGAUCUGAAGAAGUCUCCUGAAGAAGUUUUUGAUGCUUUGAAGAAUCAGACUGUAGAUCUUGUCUUGACUGCUCAUCCUACGCAAUCAGUCCGUAGAUCUUUGCUUCAAAAGCAUGCAAGGUUACGGAAUUGUUUGGCCCAGUUGUAUGCCAAAGACAUUACUCCUAAUGAAAAGCAGGAGCUUGAUGAGGCUUUGCAGCGAGAGAUUCAAGCUGCUUUUCGUACAGAUGAGAUUCGAAGAACCCCUCCAACUCCCCAAGAUGAGAUGAGGGCUGGAAUGAGCUACUUCCAUGAGACAAUCUGGAAGGGUGUCCCAAAGUUCUUGCGCCGUGUUGAUACUGCUUUGAAAAACAUUGGGAUUAAUGAACGAGUUCCUUACAAUGCUCCUCUUAUUCAAUUCUCUUCCUGGAUGGGUGGUGAUCGUGAUGGUAAUCCAAGGGUGACUCCUGAGGUUACAAGAGAUGUUUGCUUGUUGGCAAGAAUGAUGGCUGCUAACUUGUACUACUCCCAAAUAGAGGAUCUGAUGUUUGAGUUGUCAAUGUGGCGCUGCAGUGACGAGCUCCGUGUUCGUGCAGAUGUACUCCAUAGAUCCUCAAAGAGAGAUGCAAAACACUACAUAGAGUUUUGGAAACAGAUUCCUCCAAAUGAACCCUACCGUGUGAUUCUUGGCGAACUGAGGGAUAGGCUGUAUCAGACACGUGAACGCUCUCGUCAAUUGCUAUCUCAUGGGAUCUCUGAAAUUCCAGAGGAAGCAACUUUCACAAAUGUUGAGCAGUUCUUGGAACCUUUGGAGCUCUGUUAUAGAUCACUGUGCUCUUGUGGUGACCGACCAAUUGCUGACGGAAGCCUCCUUGAUUUCUUGAGGCAAGUCUCCACCUUUGGACUUUCAUUGGUGAGACUUGAUAUUAGACAAGAGUCAGAUCGUCACACGGAUGUCAUGGAUGCCAUUACAAAGCACUUGGAAAUUGGUUCCUACCGAGAGUGGUCAGAAGAACAAAGGCAGGAAUGGCUUUUAUCUGAACUCAGUGGCAAGCGCCCAUUGUUUGGUCCUGAUCUUCCCAAAACCGAAGAAAUUGCUGAUGUUUUGGACACUUUUCAUGUCAUAGCUGAACUGCCAGCUGAUAGUUUUGGAGCAUAUAUCAUCUCAAUGGCAACUGCAGCAUCAGAUGUGCUUGCUGUUGAGCUCCUGCAACGAGAAUGCCAUGUAAAACAACCAUUAAGAGUUGUUCCGCUGUUUGAGAAGCUUGCAGAUCUAGAAGCUGCCCCUGCUGCUUUGUCUCGGCUUUUCUCAAUAGAGUGGUACAGAGAUCAUAUCAAUGGAAAACAAGAGGUCAUGAUUGGAUAUUCUGAUUCUGGUAAAGAUGCAGGAAGAUUCUCUGCAGCCUGGCAAUUGUACAAGGCUCAAGAGGAACUUAUAAAGGUAGCUAAGCAGUAUGGCGUGAAGCUAACAAUGUUCCAUGGUCGUGGUGGCACUGUUGGAAGAGGAGGUGGUCCUACUCAUCUUGCUAUAUUGUCUCAGCCACCAGACACCAUUCAUGGUUCACUUCGUGUCACUGUUCAAGGUGAAGUUAUUGAGCAAUCUUUUGGAGAGGAGCACUUGUGCUUUAGAACACUUCAGCGUUUUGCAGCUGCUACUCUUGAGCAUGGUAUGCACCCCCCAGUCUCACCAAAACCAGAAUGGCGAGCCCUGAUGGAUGAAAUGGCAGUUGUUGCUACAGAGGAGUAUCGUUCUAUAGUUUUCAAAGAACCAAGAUUUGUCGAGUAUUUCCGUCUUGCCACCCCAGAGAUGGAGUAUGGGAGGAUGAACAUUGGAAGUCGUCCGUCUAAGCGAAAACCUAGUGGGGGCAUUGAAUCUCUACGUGCAAUACCAUGGAUCUUUGCCUGGACACAAACAAGAUUCCACCUUCCAGUAUGGCUAGGAUUUGGAGCAGCAUUUAAACAUGUCAUUCAGAAGGACAUUAGAAAUCUCCACAUGCUGCAAGAGAUGUACAAUGAAUGGCCUUUCUUCAGGGUCACCAUUGAUUUGGUUGAAAUGGUGUUCGCCAAGGGAGACCCUGGAAUAGCUGCCUUGAAUGACAAACUCCUUGUUUCCAAGGAGCUAUGGCCAUUUGGUGAGAAGUUGAGGGCCAACUAUAAGGAAACCAAGAGCCUCCUUCUUCAGAUUGCUGGACACAAGGAUCUUCUUGAAGGAGACCCAUACUUGAAACAAAGACUGCGGCUGCGUGAUUCAUACAUCACAACCCUCAAUGUUUGCCAGGCCUACACACUGAAACGGAUCCGCGAUCCAAACUACAGCGUAACACCACGACCACACCUCUCAAAGGAAAUAAUGGAAUCAAACAAACCAGCUGAUGAAUUGGUGAAACUGAACCCUACUAGUGACUAUGCUCCUGGUAUGGAGGACACUCUCAUCUUGACCAUGAAGGGCAUCGCUGCUGGCAUGCAGAACACUGGUUAAAAAACCCAGGAGGUUGGUUCCCGGCUGUUUUCUUUUCGUUUCCUUCCUUCUACAGAUGGAUUUUGCCCAAUAUAUAUAUUACUUAAUGCCAUCGGGCAAUGUUGCCCAUCGUAUUAUCAUGUAUGAUAAUUUUGCAGCAGCUGAAUAUCUUUUGAGGCCAAUAGUAUAUGUUUUGGCCCCUCAAUGAGCUAUGCUUUAAUGCAAAAUACAAUAUAUAUAUGCUUUAAAUGCCAUAUGUUCUAUUCGGCUA